UAAGUGAAAAUUAUAGUAAGAUUCAAGACUUAAACUUCUCUAUGUUAUUGAUAUUUUUAUUUUUUAGAGGUCUCACUGUAUUGAGAAAACGUAUAUAAAGAACAAGACGAUUUUCAUUGCAUUCGCAAUGACUGUUGAUGCUUUACGGCCACCACGACAUUUCAACUAUCGUGACUCGUCACCGCCACCCUUGUUCGACUCAUCUCCCGGAUCCUCUUCUCGACUGUCUUCCUAUUUGAACUCCUACUCCAGGCACGAGUCUUUCAGUGACGGUGAGACGCCAUUCUUUAACGAAGAGGCUCCUUCAAACUAUCAUCGUGGUGCUAGUCAUUAUUACGACUCGCCCUCAUCCUCUUACUUUCCCUCCCAUAAAAGUUCAUAUCGCUCAUCGUCCUAUCACAAACUGCCAUUGAAUUUUGGUGCGGUCAAGUCUUACUUUGAAGAGUACAGAGGUCCACCACCGCCUGCAUCGAGCGAGAAUUCCAAGCAUCAACUGGCCUUAUCAGUAAGAGAUGAACGACCGAAUAAUUUGGCAGGAUUACGUUUGAGCUUACUUCAGGAGGAAAAAAAUCACCCCGAACUGAACGUGGUGCAGCAAAAACAGUCGCUGUCCUACGGUGAACACGGGAAUCAUUUGAAUUUUGGUGAGCAGGGCCUCAGUUUUGCCUCGGAAAACGCCGUGACACCUUCGGAUAUUAACCCAGUUGGUGCAGCUGAGAUAACGUCGACAACGAAAUCGGCCACAACCGCAACGGCGACGCCGCCAAUAUCAGUACACUCGUCCUCGGCGUCUACGUCGACAAGCAACGCUGCCAGAGAAACCAGCCCUAGUGGCAAUAGUGAAAUUCAAAUCUCGCUGCAGCAACAGCGACCAGCUACAAAUUUUCCGAAUACGGAAACGCCGACGUCAGCGUCAGCUGUAGCAGCAACGCCCGUGCCGAAAAUCGCCUCUAUUGCACCUAUGCAGCUCAGUGAGUCCCCCUCGGCAAAUACGGCGCCGGCCACUGCCAGCAAUACUGGCACUGAGAUGGUCGAUCAAGAAUACUCCACUCCUUCAACAACUACAAAUAUAAUGUCUGUCACGCCUAAAUCCAAUUUUAACGCAGCUCAGAAUAAUGUAAAUAAUAAAGCACCGAUUGUUUCCAUGAUGUUUUACGAAACACCAAAAAUGUCUUAUGAAUUUAGGACAGUUAGUCAAGAUGAUUCGCCUAAUUUACAUAGACCCUUGUCGAUGGAUCAAUCUAGGCUACAAGUUCAACCAUUACAGCAAAUGCAACAAUUGCAAUCAAUGCAUCAAAUGAGUCCUAACUUAAAGCAAAACUUUGUCGUUUAUGAAACGAAAAACCAGCUUGAGCCGUACUUUCAGUAUAAUCAAGUCCAGGCUCAAGUCCAGCAUCAGCAAAAUAGUAAUAAAGACAUUGCACCUUUGAGAUUCAGUAUACCAACGGAACCGCACGCAGCAACUUUGAGCUCAGCCACAAGUGCUCCAGUAAAGCUUGCAUUUCCAAGUUUUGAUUUUGCACGAACACCAUUAAUGGUCACUACUGUUCCUUUCACGAAUAAUUUAGGACAAAAUCAAAUAUCCCUGGGAAACUUUGGGAAUUUGCAAAAACCUGUCGUGCAAGCAGCGCCGACUAUGCCAAUAAUAUAUUUGUUGGGAAAUAAUGAACAAACAAAACCUCUAGCGCAAAUUAAUUCGGGUAUUCCUUUAGGUUCAUUUGUUAUGUUAAAUAAUAAUGCUGGAGUAAAGCAGACGUUUCCAGCACAAUCCCUUAACUCUGGAUUGCAGCUGCAACUCGGAGGGCUAGGUGGAAUAGAUUACCUCACGUCAACCAGUAAUUCAGAGCCGAUGAAGCCGGCGCUUUUGGAAACUGGAAAAGUUAGUUUAAGUCUUCAAGAACCGUUCCGAUCACCUGAGCCCAAUUACCAAAAACUUGGCUUUGGUCAGGGUAUUUGGUAAGCUUCAAAUGGAGAAAUUGUCGCUUGAUCUGCAUAGUAAAACGACAAUGAAAAGACCAGUUAUUCAUGGUUAUCGAUGAAGCUGAAUUCAUUUGCUACAACGGAGUCUUCUGCGUGUUGAAUAUAAAAUUAAAAAUUUUGUCGACACUUCUGUUGCUUAUUUUUAUGAUGAAUUCUGCGAUGUAUUUUGAUGACCGAGCAAAAAGCUGUUAAAAUGCUGAUGCCAAUAACAGUUUAGAUUAUUAUGUAUAUGUUUA